AUGACUAAUCCAACCGCAUCUGAUCCAAUUGGUCCAGGACAUAUCAUGGUUCCUAAUGACUCUCCUGAGACUUCCGAAGAUAGAACUACUAUUCAACGUGAUGAACACAUCGCUAGUUUGACUCAAGAGAUUGAGGAUUUACGUAGUGAACUAACUCGGGUUAGGGACUUGACCAAUUUAUCCAUCACACUCCAAAGUCCACUUCAUGAACCUAGAAGUACUGCACCAAAUCCACCUCGUUUUCCAUCAUUUGAUUCACCAGUACCUGAACACUUUCCUCCACAACAACCUCCGUCUACCAACAAUAACCUUCCUCCAACUACUCCCACAAAUCCACCAAAUUUUCUACCCAUCUACACUCCUCCACAAAGUCAACCACCUACCUACACUACCUAUGCUACUCCUCCUAAUCCACCUGUCAACCCACAAAAUCAACCUCCAACUCAUACUCAUUACAUUUCUCAACCCAUUAACACAUAUCCACAACCUACAACUACUCUCGUAAACCCAUCGAAUCCAUCACCUCCUGUUCAAAAUACACCCAUUGUCCAAACUUAUCCAGCCCAACAUAUACAAGGGGCACAUAUUCCCAAUCCUUCUGUGCAAUAUGUUCCUCUGGUAUAUGCAGUAGAAACUCAAACCUAUACCAAUCCAAUAUCGGUCAAGUUUCAACCCAAUGUAUAUCAAUAUGAGGAAAUGGAGAAGGAUGUCAAGGCAAAGGCCGAUGAUGUGUUAGCUUCGCGAUCUUAA